AUGCUAAUUUGUAUACAUUAUCUUAAACCUGGUGAAAAGCAUACUGUUCAAAUUAUAGCAACACUUAAAAAUGGAAGAGUAACAUAUUCAUCAGAUCUUAUUAAUUUCACUGUGCCUAAUGAAAAAACUCAUCUACAAAAUCAUGAACUUAUAAAUAUAUGUGAUGAACCAGUUCCAUCACAUUUACUUGGUGUUAUUGUGAAAGAUGAAGAUAUAAAAAAGACUGCAUCGGGACCAGAACGCAAUCGAUUUAAAGAACGUGCAUUAGAACUUCUUCGAUUACUUCAAAAACAAACAGAAGCAAGAAGAAAACUCUAA